AGCCCGGAGCGAUGGGAGAGUGGACCAUUUUGGAAAGGCUGCUGGAGGCUGCGGUGCAACAGCAUUCGACGAUGAUAGGGAGGAUCCUGCUGACUGUUGUGGUGAUCUUCCGCAUCCUGAUUGUGGCCAUCGUGGGCGAGACGGUUUACGAGGACGAGCAGACCAUGUUCAUGUGCAACACGCUGCAGCCGGGCUGCAACCAGGCCUGCUACGACAAGGCCUUCCCCAUCUCGCACAUCCGCUAUUGGGUGUUCCAGAUCAUCCUGGUGUGCACGCCCAGCCUCUGCUUCAUCACUUACUCUGUGCACCAGUCGGCCAAGCAGCGCGACCGGCGUUACUCCUUCCUCUACCCGCUGCUGGAGAAGGAUUGCCUACGGGAUGGCAAGAAGGUGAAGAACGUCAACGGCAUCUUGGUGCAGAACCCAGACGGCUCCAAGGAGGAGCCGGAUUGCUUGGAGGUGAAGGAGAUCCCCAGCACCCCCCUGCGGCCCCCAAAGAGCUCCAAGGUCAAGCGACAGGAAGGCAUCUCCCGUUUCUACAUCAUACAGGUGGUUUUCCGCAAUGCCUUGGAGAUCGGCUUCCUGGCGGGACAGUACUUCCUGUACGGGUUCAACGUGCCGGCCAUCUUCGAAUGCGACCGCUAUCCGUGCGUCAAAGAGGUGGAGUGCUACGUGUCCCGGCCCACCGAGAAGACCGUCUUCCUGGUCUUCAUGUUUGCCGUCAGCGGGAUCUGCGUCCUCCUCAACCUGGCCGAGCUGAACCACCUCGGCUGGCGCAAGAUCAAGACGGCCAUUCGGGGGGUGCAGGCCAGGCGGAAAUCCAUCUGCGAGGUGCGCAAGAAGGACCUCUCCUCGCUGGCUCAAGUGCCUACGCUCGGACGGACACAGUCAAGCGAGUCUGCCUACGUUUGAGCAGCGUCUGAUCCCGUGGGAAAGGGGGCCUCGGCGGUUCCGACGUUGCCAACGCAAAAAAGACAAAAAAAGACACACAUCUACCGAACUGACCGCAAUACCUCCCAGGUUAACGAUGCAAUAUUCAGCGGGUGCUUUCCAAGGCCCCCUCCUCUAUUUCAGGGGAAGGCCAACACAUUCGCUUUAAGGGCUGAUUGGAGAAAUCCAGCCCCUCAGGAGCUAGGUGGCGGCGGGGCG